UGUUGGCACUCGGCAGAUUGCAUGCGAGUCCGAUAAGCGAUUGAUGACCGCCGCUUUCCGUCCCGCUGUCGUACCUACCAACCCUCGAUGAUUUAAGUCUCGAAGGGGGAAAAUGGAAGAUGCUCCUACUGACGUAGAACACCACCAACACCCGCUGAAAAACGGUUGAGCGACGAGGUGCACGCUUCCAUAAUUUCUACUUGGAGCUGCGACUCCAUCAUGACGACGGGACGCUAUUGUCAACUCUGCCCACCAUGACGACCGCCGCUGCGCAACCUCAUGCGCACACGCCGGAUCUUCAACCCAGGCCGCCACGCACCUCGGGCAUACAAGCGGAUGCGACCGCGCCACCCAAAUCACGGACUAGCCAUACUUUAACAUCGACAGGAACCGGCGCACAGCCUGAGCAGGCAGGAGGACCUCGCCGCGGGGCUCGCGCGGCAUCCACCGACCCGCUCUCGGACAAGGCGACGGCCUUCCUAAUCCGCCGCAUUCUCUGUCCCCAGCAAGCCGACAAGGGCAGGAGCUCGCCGGCGUCGAUAGAGGACGUCUUACCGCCAUUGACCAGCCGCAACGACGUCGAUCUGCAGCUCUACGCUCUCAUCGCCAUUCUCCUGAGGGAGUAUGUGCAGAACUGGUACGCCAAGAUCACGCCCGAUGAGACCUUCGUGGCCGAGAUCGUGCAGGUCAUUGCCCAUAUCACCAGAGCACUCGAGCAGCGGUUGAGAAAGGUGGACUUGGAGAGCUUGCUAUUCGACGAAAUUCCCGAGCUAUUCGACAAGCAUGUCACCGCCUACCGAGUGGCCCACGAUGCCAUCACCCAGCCACCAGUCGGGAAAGACCCACGCGAGAUUUAUCACUCGCUGUGCCCUCUGCCCGCGCUUUCUCCAGUGCCUCGGCCAGACGACCCUGAGAGCGUCGCCGCCCAGGCCGAAAACGAAACAGCAUACCGCCAGCUUCUCGUCUAUGCAUUCCUGGCCAUCCUCCUCCCCACCGAAGACCUCGAAAACAGCUGCCUGGCAGCUCUGGUUGGCCAAAUACUGUCGGAGCUAAUUAUCGGGAACACAGUGGCCGGCAGACUAUCGGAGCCAUGGCUCAUCUGGGAACUUCUCAUCAUUGCAUCCAGAACGACCAGACGGCCCAAGACAGCCGAGGGUGUGGACCGUUCGAUGCAAUCGAACACUAGUCACUCGGCUGGCCGUAGGGUGUUUUCGGUUCACGCCCUAUUUUGGGCCUUCCUGCAGUGGUGCUUCCUCGCAGUCUCAUUCAUCAAAACGGCUUUUGCAAUCCUCGUGACGUCCGGCUCUUUGCCUCGGCGAGUCCCUCGAGACACAGGCGUUCCUAAGGGGCAAGCCCGACACCCGACCAGCCAGGAGACGCCCCGACUCUCUAGCUCCUCUAAGACGCCCGUCCUGGCCUUUCGAUGCUGGUCAGCCGUAUCGAAUCUCUCCGAGAUGGAUAAACGGAUGCCGUGGCUCUGUGGCGCACUCUCCCUGCUCCAGUGGAUUGCCGUCAUGGGACCAGGACGAAUCGCCGGCGUGGACGGCAGACUCGACAGGUAGGAGGCUCCAUCUUCUAUUCGCUCUCUGCAUUAUCAAACACUCUUUUUCCCCAAGUUGGUCUGUCACACUGCAUGGCCAGUCAGUCACUGGACCCGGUAGCCAUAGAUCCACAGCGCAACAGCGUGUAUUCCGCGACUCCAUCAGUUGCGAGCGCAGUAUUGGAGUUCUCUAAUGGAGGUCCUCCGCCGCCAAAAGCGGGAGGUCACUGGAUACAGUGCAUCUGCCCCAUCGUGGCUCACAAGAGGGGAGUUGCGGGAAAAGCCUGGCUGCGGUGGAACACACCUCCCACAUGUCAUGCGGCCGAAUCGGCGACCCGCAGGUGACGCCUCCUGCCG